CCAGAAGUGUUCAAUCCCUUUUUCCCCCCUAACAAUGGUUUCGGGUCCACUUACAGCAGCGUCUAAGUGACUAUCAUUAAAACCUUAUUGUACUGUCUGCUAUUUAUUUAACAGUUCAUCUCAACUUUACUUCGUGUUUGUUGAGACUGUGCCUCGAUCAACUCGAGAAAGUUGCUUUUGCUUCCAAUAUCUGCUCGGGUUGUCAAAACUUUUAAGAUUAAUGGGUUACAUUCAUAAUUGCACAGCUUGCCAGGCUGUAUGUGCUAAUCACCUAUACGAGUUAAAUCACGCCUGGGCAUACAUGGAACCAGUUAAGCAGUGUGCUUGGCGUGUAUCAAUCACGACACCAUCGACAUUGCAUCCUGAAGUUUAUGUGACCAGAAAUCGCGCUUGUAUUGAAAAUGUGAUCCCCCACCAAGAGACACAAAUCCACUCUCCUGUGUUUUGGAUCAAUUGGAGAAAAGAAUGCUUUCUUGUUUCCACCAGGCCGCGAAUUGUCAUUGGCCGUGCAUGGUCAUGUGACCAGGAACUGGAAGCAAUUUCGCCCUAGUCUCCAGUUUAAUAGACCCAAGUCCCCAUACGCCUGUAAUAUCACCAAUAUACACAAUUAUAAAAAGCCCGCAAAUAACAAAAGACAUUGCGGGCACCCCCUCAAUUGCAUUUUUGUUGUAUAAUAUAUAAUAUAUACAUGCCCAUCUGCGUUUGAACCCGAAGAAGCGAUGAAUUUUGAAUUUGAGAGGGAGAUCGGGUUCAUAAACAGCCAGCCUUCCCUUGCAGAGUGCCUGACAUCCUUUCCCGCUGUCCUGGAGUCAUUUCAAACUUCAUCAAUCAAGGACUCGACAUUCCUUCCUCCUCCUAUCGAAACCUCCAUUCCCAGCCUAAACCCGUGCACUAGCAGCCAGUCGCGACCGAGAAGCCAAAAACGGAUUCCUAAUGGCUUCCUUCUCCAGCAACCGGCACAACAACCCCCGGCUCUCCAGGUUCCUUCUGCCCCGGCAGCAGCUGAGUUUCCCUGGAUGAAGGAGAAGAAAUCCUCGAAGAAGAACCAUCACCAGUCCCCUGCCGGUGCGACAGUUGUAGCGGCAAUCUCUGCGUCUCCCUCAUCGUCUUCUGCAAGCUUUAUCGGCUUGCAAAACCCAACAGAGGCCCAUAGCGCACUGGAUAACGGGAGCGGUUCCAGGAGACUCCGGACAGCCUACACCAACACCCAGCUGCUAGAACUGGAAAAGGAGUUUCACUUCAAUAAGUACCUUUGCCGGCCUCGCAGGGUGGAGAUAGCCGCCUUGCUGGAUCUAACCGAGAGGCAGGUCAAAGUCUGGUUUCAGAACCGGAGAAUGAAGCACAAAAGACAGACGACGCACCACAGGGACGGCCAAGAAGGGGACCCGGGUUCCUUUGAGGCCAUGGAAGAUGGGGAUGACGGCUCCCCGUUUGCAGUCCUGCCCCUGGAGGCGUCCGGGUCAACGGCGUUGGAAAGGGAAACGACGUGCGGUUCGGCUGCUUCUUUUAGGACUAACAAUAAUAACAAUUGCAUGAAGCGGCCCGCUGCUAGAGAGCCGCACCAGACCCCGCAGGAGCAUGAUUCUGCCCCCGGGAAAAGUGGUAGAAGCCCCUUGUAUGACUCGCCCACACCAGAUACCAUUAUAACAAUGGGCCAGGGUUACGCAUCUGGCCACCCGGAUAACUCGUUUUCUGAGACCCAGGACUCUGCUUCGCUCCCCGAUUUGAAUUUCUUUUCUCCCGAUUCCUGCCUACAGAUUUCAGAAGGCUUGUCUCCCAGUUUGCAAAGUUCCCUCGACAGUCCUGUCGAUUUUUCCGAAGAGGAUUUUGAUUUUUUUUCAAGCACCCUUUGUACAAUAGACUUGCAGCACUUACAGUUUUAGAAACAAAACACAACAAAGCAACACAAAUAAUAGACUUUUUGCACCCCCCCCC